AUGCAAUUAUAUCCGGUUGCAUUGGUAAUUGCCACCUUGUUGGCAUCGCAUGGAUAUCGUAAAGGUUCACUGUCAUCAUCUGGAGCAUUGACGGCUUUUGUGGUGGGUUACAUUUCCUUGGCAAAUCCAAUCAAAGCUUUCGGUAUAACGUUGAUUGCGUUUUAUUUGACGGGCAGUAGAGCAACAAAAGUUGGUCAUCAGAUAAAACAAUUGCUGGAGAUUGAAUCACAUCAUAUUGCAAAAGCGAAAGGGAAUGAGAGCAAUGCCAAAAAGCACAAAUCAGCACAGGGAGGUCAACGAGAUGCUUGGCAGGUGCUCUGUAACAGCUUCGUAAGCGCAACAGCUGCUUUGCUAUUUAGACUAUUGUACGAAAACCCCGCCCAGUGGAAAGAUGGCAAAGCAUGGUGUUUCGUUCUUCCGGACGUGAUCGCUGACAAUCUCAUCACCAGACAUACGCCGCGCUUCUUGGUUUUGCUCAUGAUCGGACAUUUCGCUUGCUGUAUGGGAGACACAUUGGCUUCCGAGUUGGGUAUCUUGGCCAAAAGACCACCAAGAUUGAUCUUACCGCCUUUCAAAGUCGUUCCACCUGGUACGAAUGGGGGCUUGUCUGUUCAGGGCACUUUGGGAUCACUGAUUGGCGGUGCAUUUAUUGGAUUGAUCGCAGGAUUAACAAUCGUUUUCAAGGAUAAUAAAGCGUGCUAUGCUGCCUCAUCCCACAUACUCAUCAAGACAGUCUUCUUGGGUGGAUUAGGCGGUAUUGCAGGAAGCGGAAUAGACUCUCUCUUGGGCGCCACCUUACAACGAACAUGGUACAAUACGAAAACAAAGCAAGUCCUUCUGGGAAGAUUACCCCCAGCGAAUAAGACCCAGAAUGACUGGCAAGUCAUCACAGGAUUUGAUGUGUUGAGCAAUAAUUCCGUCAAUUUCAUCUCGAGUGGCUUGACUGCGAUUCUAAUAGCAUACCUCGGUAAUUCCUACCUUUUCUAG